AAAGGAAAGAAAUCAAAAAAGAUUAAGCAAGGGGAAAAGAAAUCUGAAUUAAUAUUUGAUGAAGGGACCGAUGAGACUGAUGUUCUAGAACUUAAUUUUUAUACAGAUCUUAAUGAAAAUUUUUUUAAUGAAGCCAGUCGGAUUGUGCAAUUUUUGAUGGAAGCCGAGCGGUUUUUUGAGGCUUCCCGUAUAAAACGGUAUGCAGAUAUAAUAUUUAAUUUACACCGACGAUACGUGGAUGAAGUAAAUGACAAUCGAGUGCUGCGGCCACAAAUCAAAUCUACCGAAGAAAAACUACGUCUAGCACUUGAUUUAUCAGCAACAUCGGAAGAGGCUUUACAAAAACUAAAAGACACAUUAGGCGAUGCUUGGAAAGAAUCGGAUGCAUCGGCUCUGCGCGAGCAACUAGUGCAAGAAAAGCUUCAAGAAGUUUUAAUAAAAUGUGAGGGUAUAGGGGAUCGCGACGCUGGAAAAACAGAUGAUGCUGCAGAGUAAGUUAUAACAUA